GUUGUGUUUCAAUCUGUCGGGAAAGUCGGCGCUUCCGGUUUGCGGGCGAGGCUCAGAGACAGCUGCGGAGCGUCGAGCUUCACGAGCUCCGAGCUUUAGUUUGGUUUAAUCAACAGAAGACGAAAAAGACGCGACGAAGAAGAAAAGGAGCGAAGUUCAUCCGCUCACCUGCAAAAAGGUUCAUUUAAACUUCCAGCCGAGAAAGAGGAGGAAAACGGGCUGCUGCUUCGCUCCCGCAGGAUGUGUGAGAGCCCCAACACAAAGCAGUUCACCGAGCGCUGAAGGCCACAACCCGAUCUGAAGGUGGACAGAACAGACUCAGCUGCAGACAAACAUGGCUGUGUUCCUCUCUGGAGCUGUUACAAGUUCACCACUGAAGCGGCGCCUUCGAGCCCAUCGCUCCUGUCACAGCCCGGACCUGUCGCUGCUCUCCCCCGACUCCUCCUACGUGUGCUACCCGGCGCCGGGCGGGGGGGACCCCUGCUGCUGCCGCCGCUCGCCGCGCCUCCUCACCAACGGCUACUACGCCGUCACCGAGGACAGCUUCUCCUGGGACCAGGACGGCACCGUGUCGCUGGCGCCCUGCGAAACCAAGGUGUCCUACAAGGAGAACAUGGUCAGAAUCUUCCGGCGCAGACGCAGGCCUCGCAGCUCUUUGGCUCGUCUGCUGAGCAACGUGACCGAGAGCUGCCAGUCGUGGCUGGACCAGAAAGUCUUCAGAGGCAUGUUUGGAACAGGCCAGGACCAGAACCAGAACCAGGAUCAGUACAACGCCCUGGAUGGAGAAUUUGAAGCGGAGCAGGACUGGGUCAGGAGCAGCCUGGAGGACCCGACCCCGUUGGCCGAGUCCACCUGGUUCGAACCCAGGACCCCUGAGCUGGACGACGGCUGCAGCUUCACGUAUGACCCCACAGAGAUCCCACCCCCUCCUGACAAGGACGCCCCCGCCCCGAAGCUGCUCAUCCAGGAGGAGAUUUGCUCUGAGGUCUGUCAGUCAAAAGAGGCGUUCCCCCAUUCGCUGGGCGGCCUCUCAGAAGUCCCGCCCCCUUCACCGUUCUACGGAACCAGCUGCUGCUGUCAGGCCUCAUCUGAGCACACAGGUUUAUCCUUGAAGGCCUUCCUCCUCUUCCUCUUCACCAUCUUCAUCCUCAUGGCUCUCUAUUCACGGUGUUUAUGCUGGAGCGCGGCUGUGACGUCGACUGUGUUCAUGAUGUUCACCACAUUUAUGUUUGUGACCAAGUCGGGUCCAAUGGGUGAAUGGAGGAGAGCGAAGACAGAGGAUAUCACCUCCAGAAACGAGUAAAAGAGGAGAUGGAGCGGUGUCCAGUCGGAGUAAGAUGAAACUGAGAGAAAUAAAAGUCUGAUGGGACUUUGACAUCUGA